CGCGGCGCCGUGACAGGUGCGGAGUGCCCGCUGCACAGCCGCCUGCAGGUGGGCGGCCGCCGCGAUGCCCACCAUGCGGAGGACCGUGUCGGAGAUCCGCUCGCGAGCCGAGGGUUAUGAAAAAACAGAUGACGUUUCAGAGAAGACCUCCCUGGCUGAUCAAGAGGAAAUAAGAACUAUCUUCAUCAACCAGCCUCAGCUGACAAAAUUCUGCAAUAACCAUGUCAGCACCGCAAAAUACAACAUCAUCACGUUCCUCCCAAGAUUCCUCUACUCUCAGUUCAGGAGAGCCGCCAAUUCCUUCUUUCUCUUCAUCGCGUUGCUUCAGCAAAUUCCUGACGUGUCACCAACAGGUCGUUACACAACACUGGUUCCUCUCCUAUUUAUUUUAGCUGUGGCAGCCAUCAAAGAGAUAAUAGAAGAUAUUAAACGACAUAAAGCCGAUAACGCUGUGAACAAGAAACAGACACAAGUUUUGAGAAAUGGUGCUUGGGAAAUUGUUCACUGGGAAAAGGUAAAUGUUGGAGAUAUAGUUAUAAUAAAAGGCAAAGAGUAUAUCCCUGCUGACACUGUCCUUCUCUCAUCAAGUGAGCCCCAGGCCAUGUGCUACAUUGAGACUUCCAACCUAGAUGGAGAAACAAACUUGAAAAUUAGACAAGGCUUACCAGCAACCUCAGAUAUUAAAGACAUUGACAGUUUGAUGAGAAUUUCUGGAAAAAUUGAGUGUGAAAGCCCAAAUCGCCAUCUCUAUGAUUUUGUUGGAAAUAUACGGCUUGAUGGACAUGGCACCGUUCCCCUGGGAGCAGACCAGAUUCUUCUUCGAGGAGCUCAGUUAAGAAAUACUCAGUGGGUUCAUGGGAUAGUUGUCUACACUGGUCAUGACACCAAGCUGAUGCAGAAUUCCACAAGUCCGCCGCUUAAGCUCUCCAAUGUGGAACGGAUUACAAAUGUACAAAUUCUGAUAUUAUUUUGUAUCUUAAUUGCCAUGUCUCUUGUCUGUUCCGUGGGCUCAGCCAUUUGGAAUCGAAGGCAUUCUGGGAAAGACUGGUACCUCAAUCUACACUAUGGUGGCGCUAAUAAUUUUGGACUGAAUUUUUUGACUUUCAUCAUCCUCUUCAACAACCUCAUUCCUAUCAGCUUAUUGGUUACUUUAGAAGUGGUGAAAUUCACCCAGGCAUACUUCAUAAAUUGGGAUCUUGACAUGCACUAUGAACCCACAGACACUGCUGCAAUGGCUCGAACUUCGAAUCUAAAUGAGGAACUCGGCCAGGUUAAGUAUAUCUUUUCUGACAAAACGGGUACUCUCACCUGCAACGUGAUGCGGUUCAAGAAGUGCACAGUGGCUGGACUGGCGUAUGGCCAUGUCCCUGAACCUGAGGAUUAUGGGUGUUCUCCCGAGGAAUGGCAGAGCUCACAGCUUGGAGACGACAAAACAUUUAGUGAUCCAUCAUUGCUGGAAAACCUCCAGAAUAAUCAUCCAACGGCACCUAUCAUCUGUGAGUUUCUGACGAUGAUGGCAGUCUGCCACACAGCGGUACCAGAGAGGGAUGGCGACAAGAUCAUUUAUCAAGCUGCGUCUCCAGAUGAGGGCGCCCUGGUCAGAGCAGCCAAGCAGUUGAAUUUUGUUUUCACUGGGAGAACACCAGACUCAGUCAUCAUAGAUUCACUGGGGCAGGAAGAAAGAUACGAGUUGCUCAAUGUCCUGGAGUUUACCAGCGCUAGAAAAAGAAUGUCAGUGAUUGUUCGCACUCCAUCCGGGAAGUUACGACUCUACUGCAAAGGAGCCGACACUGUAAUUUAUGAACGACUUGCAGAGACUUCAAAGUACAAAGAAAUUACCCUAAAACAUUUAGAGCAGUUUGCUACAGAAGGGCUGAGGACUUUGUGUUUUGCCGUGGCCGAGAUUUCCGAGAGUGAUUUCCAGGAGUGGAGGACCGUGUACCAGCGGGCGUCCACGGCCGUGCGGAACCGGCUGCUCAAGCUGGAGGAGAGCUAUGAGCUCAUCGAGAAGAACCUUCAGCUACUUGGAGCUACAGCCAUUGAGGAUAAGUUACAAGAUCAGGUGCCGGAAACCAUAGAAACGCUCAUGAAAGCAGACAUCAAGAUCUGGAUCCUCACAGGAGACAAGCAGGAAACGGCCAUCAACAUCGGACACUCCUGUAAGCUUUUGAAGAAGAACAUGGGAAUGAUUGUUAUAAAUGAAGGCUCCCUUGAUGGAACAAGAGAGACGCUCAGUCGGCACUGCACUGCCCUCGGAGACGCUCUUCGGAAGGAGAAUGAUUUCGCUCUUAUAAUUGAUGGGAAGACCCUCAAGUACGCCUUAACCUUUGGAGUCCGGCAGUAUUUCCUGGAUUUAGCUUUGUCAUGCAAAGCUGUCAUUUGCUGCAGGGUUUCUCCUCUGCAGAAAUCUGAAGUUGUGGACAUGGUCAAGAAACAAGUCAAAGUCAUCACGCUUGCGAUUGGAGACGGAGCCAACGACGUCAGCAUGAUACAGACGGCCCACGUGGGCGUGGGGAUAAGCGGCAACGAAGGGCUGCAGGCCGCCAACUCCUCGGACUACUCCAUAGCCCAGUUCAAGUAUUUGAAGAACCUGCUGAUGGUUCACGGCGCCUGGAACUACAACAGGGUCUCCAAGUGUGUCCUCUACUGCUUCUACAAGAACAUAGUCCUCUACAUAAUUGAGAUCUGGUUUGCCUUUGUUAAUGGCUUUUCUGGACAGAUCCUCUUUGAGAGAUGGUGCAUAGGUCUUUACAAUGUGAUGUUUACAGCAAUGCCUCCCUUAACCCUCGGAAUAUUUGAGAGAUCGUGCAGAAAGGAGAAUAUGUUAAAGUAUCCUGAGUUGUACAAAACAUCUCAGAACGCUCUGGACUUCAACACCAAGGUUUUCUGGGUUCAUUGUUUAAAUGGCCUCUUCCACUCCGUUAUUCUGUUUUGGUUUCCACUGAAAGCCCUUCAGUAUGGUACUGUGUUUGGAAAUGGGAAGACCUCUGAUUACCUGCUUCUGGGCAACUUUGUUUACACUUUUGUGGUGAUAACCGUGUGUUUGAAAGCUGGAUUGGAGACAUCGUAUUGGACAUGGUUCAGCCACAUCGCCAUCUGGGGCAGCAUCGCGCUCUGGGUGGUCUUCUUCGGAACCUACUCAUCUCUGUGGCCUGCUGUUCCCAUGGCCCCUGAUAUGUCUGGAGAGGCAGCCAUGCUUUUCAGCUCCGGCGUCUUUUGGAUGGGCUUGUUCUCCAUCCCGGUGGCGUCCUUGCUCCUGGAUGUGGUGUUCAAAGUUGUCAAGAGGACUGCUUUCAAAACACUAGUAGAUGAAGUUCAAGAGCUUGAGGCGAAAUCUCAAGACCCAGGAGCAGUUGUACUUGGACAAAGCCUCACAGAGAGGGCACAACUGCUCAAGAACGUCUUUAAGAAGAACCACGUGAACCUGUACCGCUCUGAAUCCUUGCAACAAAACCUGCUCCAUGGGUAUGCCUUCUCUCAAGACGAAAAUGGCAUUGUCUCACAGUCUGAGGUGAUUCGAGCCUACGACACCACGAAACAGAGGCCUGAUGAGUGGUGAGGGGAGCGUGAGAAGCAGGCCCCCCGUGUCUCGGAAGAGAGCUGCCACACUCAGGCCGUCGCUCCAGCCUACCGACCAACCCCAGCCGGCCCGUGGAGAGGAAAGGUGGAUCUGAGCUCCCGCGACGGACGGACCUUCAGAUUCACGUACAUCAUAGACAUAAGCACUGUGCAACUACUGACCCGCCCUCUCUUGCAGAUGUUUUCAAGUACUUGCUAAGGCUUUGUAAACAGAAACUGGACAUGACCUUGAAUCUUGCCAGAGUGCUUUCUCACACCGGACACGGGUCAUUGUUCCAUUAGCCUUCACUCUGGGUCUGUAACUGACUAUCAGUUCAUUGGCUUGGUCACCAGACAGCCAACCAUCCAAAACAUAAAAUGAAAUUAAAAAAAUAAAAAUCUCUAAACUGGUGGUAAGGGAAAGGGGGCUCUUGAUACCCAGACUUUGAUUCCGGGAUGUGCUGAAACAAACCAGCGUUCUUAAGGAACUGACUCACUUUACUGAGCUCUUCUAAACAAGGCAUUAAUAAGUGUUUGUGUCAAAAAUUGUCCUGCUACAUGUUUGCCAAAGAAGUUCAGUAAGUGUAUUUCUCAUCAGUAGUCAUUUUCUCAGAAAUUUAAGGGAAGGUUGACUUCUAGUGCUGCUGUUAAGAGCUGCAUGCUUGACUUUUCAAACAGGAGAGUGGUUUGCAAAAAAGAAAAAAAAAAUGAGUAUUUCAAGGCAUUUGCUACUAACAUCUGUGGUCUUGCACCUUCAGCCUUACGAGCGCUUCUUGCUUGUCAGUCAUGUCUUAUUCGUUCAAGUGAGAGGGACACGUGUUCAUGUGACCAUUGUUACAAUACUGAUUUUUAAAAACUGUGCUGUCUCGAUCACUUCUCUUAAACGUUCGUCAUCCUUUAAGAUCUUUCUAAACGUCUGGCUUCUGCUGUGGACUGAGUGAUGUCAUUGUGUUCAAGUUUUCCCUCUCAAGAAAAUCCUGUUUAUAUAGAUAUACAUAUAUAUAUUUAUGUGAGAUUUCCAGAGCUUCUGUUUCAGUGUUUGGAAUAACAUGUCUGAUAAACGCAUGGGCUUCUGCAGCGCACACAGGCUCAGCAUCUUCGGUGGGACCUCCUGGGUUCUCACCGUGUGCUUCCACGAGAGGUGAGGUAUGUAGCACUCUUGGUGUUGUGGAGAUUGUCUGCAUGCUUAAGCCUGCAGCUGACUUCCCACUUUUCCCAAAAUGAGUCAUGAUGCUGCUUAUUAGGACAAAGACAAAUGAGUAGCACAUUUCCCCCAUUUAAAAAAAAAAUGCGUAUUUUACUCAAGCCUAUAGCUUUACAGAAGAACACUGCUCCUUAUGAGCAUGCUCACUAAUACAUUCUCACGGGUAGGUUCAGUUUAAUUACUUUCAGCAUCGCCACGCCCAUUUUGCUACCAACAAUAAAUGGUGAAGGGGCUCUUUAAAAACACAACCAGUUUUCUACACUCUUUUUUAAAAUAAUGUUUUCAUUUGAAAAGAGGAGUUCUAGUUUUCAGAUACACUUUGGAGAUUGAAGCAAACUUUUUUGCCUUUUAUUCAAAAGCCUGUUUGCCUUUAAGUGGACUUACCAGCAAAACUAGGUCAAACUUUUUAAAAAGAAUGGUCACCUAAAAUUGAGAAGGAUAAUGUUCCAAGUUGCCCCAUUUAAUCAUUUUACAUCCUUCCCCCCCCCAUUCUCUCAAUCUAGAUUUAAAAUCAAAACCUAUAGAUAAUCUUUUCCUUUUCUGAGUUUGCAGCUAGUUCAGGACGUUUUCACAUUUUCUCCAAAUAAGAGUGUGUGACACUUACACAUAGUUCUAAACUCAAGGGAACAAGGAGCUGACAUACUUCAUGUCUCAGACCCAUCCCUUUUGGGAGCAGAUUAAGAGAAUCAUGAAUCAAAACAUCCUGCAAAACCACAGAUGUAGAGUCUCAGAUGAUCUUCGAAACUGUGAAGUCACAGCCUUGAACUGUCUACCGCUGAGUCGUGAGAGGUUUCCCUCGACCUCCCCGUGGUGGUAGUGGAGGUCAAACCACAAAACAGUAAGAACGAAGGGCCUCCCUCCCAUAGCACUGACAGAGGAGUUCUCUCCUUUGUGCUCACUUCAUAAGGACCAGCUCCCUCUGAAAUUUUAAUAGCAAAACAUCAUGAAUAUCAUGGAACUGAAUCUUCUGAUUCUAAUCUUCUAAACACAAAAGUUAAUGAUUUUGUAUUUGUCUGGAAUCAUGAGUUAUUUCAGUGACACACUCCAACAUGACAGUAUUCCUGAUUCAUCAGUAUUCACUAUGACCUGAAAUCUGACCACUCAUGCCUUUUGAUCCCUAGAUCCUGUUUGUAAAUUGUGGACAUUAAGUAGGUCUCUCUGCUUCUCGGGUGGGGGGAGGGGCAGGGAGUAACCACUUGGACAAAACUUGAAAUACAGCAUUGCAGUUUCAGUGAGUGUAUAGAAAUUAAACACUCUUGAGCUGUUAACCUUCCUAAACUGGAGAAAAAAACAAAAAGAUACAAGGUUUCAUCAGGACUCAAAUGACUACAGUGAAAGUGACUUUCAACCUGUUUUCUGAAAUAAACAACAGUGUAACUCCAAUUCAGAAGUCCCUUGGAGGGACUCUGGCAAAUGCUAACACAGUUGCUUUGUAACGUUCACAACUCAGAAAAUACUAUGUAUAGUAGAAAAUCCUCGUUCCUUUAGCAUUGAAAAGCUGGCAGUUGCUUCUUUGAUGUUGGAACUGUACCCAGUAGUAUGGGGCAUGGGCUUGCUAAACAUUUUAUAUAGGUGGAAAAAUAUAAGGGUGAUUCACACUCAGAAGGGUGUAAUGUCGUGGAAUGUAUUAGCAGGAAAGCUUGUUUCUCAGGAAUGUAGGGGAGUGAGCAUGCUAAGUGUGCUUCUUGUCCCGAACCUCCACUCAGCUCCCUGUGAGAGCAUCAGCAGCCUUGGGAACUUUCUGGAAAGCCCUUUUCUCCACUCAGGCAGGUGUAUGGAUACUGCCAGAUAAAUAGCCAUUCACAUGAAUUAUGUGGUCACUAAAGAGAAUUAAGAUUCCUCUUAGUUGCCAGGGGCUGAAAUUAAUUCCAGAAAUCAGUCAGCAUUUAGUCUGAGCAUUAAAUGAUCUAUGUUAAUUUUGUUAUUCAGGAUCUCAGCUAUCACGCAUAAUACUUACGGGAUAAUUUGUUCAGUAGUGUGUGUGCUAUAUGACAUGUCACACCUGUCACUGAAAAACAUCCUUUCAGAAGAUGAAUGCUAAUCAGAGUAAUAGGUUGCAUCAUUUUAAAACUAUUUGUAGUAGUGUCCUAAGUAUUACAAAGCUACCUAAUCAUCCAGUUUAUUUCCAUGCACUUGUCCUUUGGUAGUUCUUAGUCUUAAAACAUAUCUCAUGAAAUCUUUCAUUAAUAUAAAUAAUCAUCUACAAGAUUUAUCAAGAAAAUGUCCAGCCCAUUCACACAAUGACCGGGUCUGUGGGAUUCUUUUUGUAAACUGCUUAUGGCAACACCGUGGAGUUCAGUGCCUAAUACCUGCUUUAUACUGUUGGGCAUUUCUAUAAUGCCACUUACAGACACCAGUCUGAUUUUCUCUCCCAUUAAAAUAACUGAAGCCACUUGUGAAACUUUGUUAUACUUUGCUGCAUUUUAAUUAAUCAGCAGCAGUUAUUAAAAUAGAAUGUCUGUUCAGUUUUGAAGGAAAGGAACUAAACACUAAAUCUUUCCCAUUUUACAUCUUGAUUUAUUUUCUGUGUGAGAGCAGCUGUGUUUUUGAUAGGUUUAUGGUUUGCAUGAAUUAAUAUUUAAAGUGAUCCAAGCAAAUGCAUGGCUAUUGCUGUAAAUCUCGGUGUUGAUUUCUGCCUUAGAAAAUAUUAUCAUGGCCUACCUGGAGUUUAAUAUUCAGUGGAUAAGUUUAUUGGUCCUCCACACAACAGGUUUUUGGUUUGUAAGUUGGUUAUUUGACAAAUUUCAACAAAUUUAAUUGAAUCUUUUGUUUAGCUUGCCUCCAAGAACUUUUCUUAAUAAAGCUCAUGGAACUUCUCAGCAAAUAAAUCUUCCUUAAGUAGGGGGAAAAAAAGGUAGAUUUCAUAUUUGCUUACUUUGAAUUUACAGCAACUUUCCAUAGGUAAGUCUGCUCUCACAGAGAUGUGAGCAGAAUAUUUUUUUGAAAAUACUUUUUCUGUUUCACUGUUCUAGAAGCCAUAAGCGCAGGAAGUGGUAUUUGUUGUAUAACCUCUUCAAGCUUCAUUUCUCACAGGUUCAAGCUUAUUAGUUUACAAAUAAAAAGGCAGCCUUGGAAGGCAACUGUAGAGAACUUCAGUUUACAUUAGAGAUAGUCAGUCUGGCUCCAUGAAAAAAAAAAAAAAAAAAAAAACACAUUCCUGCUGAAACUGCUGUAGAAAUUGUAAAGCUGCAUGAGUGGAGAGUGUCGAAUCUGUGAUCAUAGUAGUUUUCUCAGGUUUGUUUACCCCGAUGUUCAAUGCACUGUGUUUUAUAAAUAGUUAUUAAAGUUGAGUAAUAUUCAUUUCUAUGCACUGUUACCUGUCAUUGGCCUUUUGUGAAUGUGCAUGUUUUCAAUUGCAAAUUUUAAACAUUUUGUCCUCCAGUUGUUAUUAAAAAUGAAAUAAACUUUGCCAUUACAUACAA